UUUGUAUUUUCAGUAUCUGUCUGGAAAGAUCAUCGAAAGCUCUUAAACCCAACGUUCAAUCAACAAAUCCUACACAGUUUUUUAGACAACUUUAAUGUUCAAAGCAGACAGCUCAUAAUCGAUUUAGAAGAAACUGUCGGAAAUGGACCAUUUGACCACAGACUGUAUCUAGAAAAAAAUGCAUUAAGGACUAUAUGUGCAACGGCACUUGAUGCGGACAUUAGCAAUGAAUACAGCGACGAGUGUCUGAAAUCAUUUCAAGAAAUAUUAAACAUUAUAAUAGAAAGAUUUCUCAACUUCCACUACUUCUUCGACUGUUUUUAUAACAGAAGUGGCUUAAGGAAGCAGGAACAGCAAUUUAUUGGAAAUACCCAUGUAUUUGCGGAAUCGAUUCUUCAGAAGAAAAGAACAGAAAUAGGAAAUAUGUCCGUUGAAGAUGGUUUAACUGAUGCCAAAUUUAAACCAUUUAUAUAUCAACUAUUACAACAAGAGCAUGUAACUUUAACAGAACGCCAGGUGAAAGACGAAAUAAACGUUAUGAUUCUUGCUGGGUUUGAAACGAGUGCAACCAUCCUUCUAUAUACUUUAAUAUUAGUUGGAACUUACCCUCACAUACAACAAAAAAUUUUUGAAGAGAUUGAAGAAGUAUUUGGUGACAUCGAUAGAGAUGUUUCAAAAGAAGAUCUGGCUAAGUUAAAGUAUAUAGAAGCUGUGCUCAAAGAAACUACACGGUAUUGUCCAGUUGGACCGAUUACCGGUCGGAAACUGUUAAGUGAUGUACAACUGAAAAAUACUGUGUUGAAGAAAGGAUUCAACUGUAUGGUAAUGUUGUACGGGGCUAUGAGGCAUCCAAUAUGGGGACCAGACGCUGAUCAAUAUAUCCCAGAAAGAUGGUUGGAUCCUGAUCGUCUACCAAAGAAUCCACAUGCUUAUAUGGCGUUUGGAUAUGGAAAAAGAAAUUGUAUAGGUAAGACAUACGCAAUCGUAUCAAUGAAAGUAGUCAUGGUGCACAUAUUCAGACACUAUAAAGUUACCGGCGAUUUCUCGAAAGUUCAACUUAAGUUUAUGGGUCUACUAAAACCACAUUCGGGUCACCAUAUCAAUAUUGAGUAUCGUAAUAAACAAGUUACAAGUUAUUGGUUUUUUAUUAUUUUCAAGCCGAGUUCGAGUGUAUUGUGUUAG